CAUGGCGAGGCGGCGGAUCGAUUAUUGGAAGGAAGUGGAAGGAAUAUAGCUCACUUUCUGUACAGUAUAGUGUUAUAUUAGCAAGUGUCCAGAUGUGUUUGCUGAGUUUGGUGGAGUUGCGGUGCAUUGCGUGUUGGAAUGAUGAGCUGGAAACUGAAGAAAUGUAGAUUUAUGCCGUUAGCCUUCCAGGACAAAGUUCAGCUAUUUAGUUCUGUGCAUAUCACGAUAAUUCUUGGAGGGUGAAUCAGAGUAAUGAAGUGUGUACUCAUCAUAAGCUCCUUACCAGACAUUCUUUUUGUCCAUGCUGAUAAAGCUUUUAUCAAGCAUGUUAACAAACUUUCUCACAAUGCUGGCUUCAUUGGUGAUGAUCACAAUGAAGAUGAGAUGGACAUGACUGCAUUGUCACAAAUAUUUUCUCCAAUGAUCACUUCACUAACUUACAUGAAUGACCUGGGAAAUCCCUACUCUUCAAUUCUGUGUGAAGAUGGCACUUUGUUCGUUUUCAGUCAGUUUAAUGACCUGGUUUUCACAGCAGUCAAUGGUGAUGGCGAAGAGUCAGAAGAAUUCUUGAAAAGGAAAUUAUCGGUGGUAUACAGGUUGGCUACCUUACACUAUGGAGCUUCUCUUGAUCUAUUAAAACCCGAAAUUUUAUCAGCACAGAAAAAGGCUUGGAAAACCUUGGGAAGUUUGAUCGACACAUUUGGGUUUUUAUCCUCGCAACAACAAAGCUUUCUAGUUGAGGCUGUCGAACGCCUACACGUCAACCAGAACCUGAGUGGAAUGGCUAUUAAUUUAUUAGAGGAAGCACUAAAUUUGGCAAGGACUAGAGGUGGCCAGAAUGCAGUGCAUUCAUUAAUUAUGGUGAAUACAAAGCUACUUGCACUCUAUUCCGGUCCAAAUGCCUCAGAACUUAGGUCUGCAGAUCUUCUCUUGAUAACCAUUCUGCUAUAUAACAUCUUUCCACACUCUAAACAAGCUGUACCCCUAACACUAAACAGAACCCCACCUCCCUUAGCACACCAGGUACUUUGCAAAGGUGGACCUUCAGUAUCACACCACAUUCUUAGUGGCCCUUCAACAGAUGAUGGCUGUGCUGUAAGAGAACAGCAUCCAAGAGUUGGACGUGUGCACUCAGAUCCUGUUGAUAUAAGCCCACCACAAAGGAAGGCUGAACCUGAGGAGGCUGCUUAUGCAGGAUCAUCUGUUGAAGAUGAAUUGUUCUAUUCUCCUCGAUCAUCACCUAUACUUAGUGUAGGCAAGGAGGCUGCAGCUCAGGGGCUUACCCCAAAGACUCCGCUAUCAUUGAAAGAGCAUUUCUUCACACCAAGGGCAGGCACUCCUGAUUAUCUCAAGAAAAAGAUAGAGGAUGAAGAAGGCGAAGAAACUGAUGAGGAAGAACUUGAGACAGCCAGUGGUAUACAGAAUGAGGACAGAAGACAUGAAUAUUAUCGACAACCGGUCUUCUUAAGCUCUGAUAGAUGUCCAUAUUUACCUCAUGUUCUUCACUUUGUUCGCCUUGGUACAGGGACAGUUUUGGUUCUUGUCAGUGAAACAAAACAUUGCAAUAUAGCCCUGUUCAUUUACCAAGCGUUAGAGUCUCUGGCUUGUGUCAAGCCGUCUGCCGAGCAGGGCCAGCGGACGGUAACACAGGCUCAGGCUAUCAUGGAGAAACUGGAAACAAGUGUGAAAAGAGUUCUUGAAUCAAUGAGGACUCCUGUGGGGGUUGCUGUCGAGAAUCAAGUUCGGACCCUGCGCCAUCGAUGGGAGUUGGUAAAAAGAGGUGAUUUAUUAGGAUUUCUCGCUGCACCAAUGGGUGUUGAGAUGUCUCCACAGCUGGAGGCAUCUGUAGCGGAAAUGACUCGUUGUCUAAAGUCCCUCUUCAGUGUUUUGUUCUGUACCAGUCAGGGAGAGCCUUCGUUAAGUCAGCAGCUCUUAGCAACCAUCUCACAAAUCAAAGAGUUGCUUCAAACAAGGCUAAAAGACUACGAAGAUUAUCUGCUCGUCAAAGGACAGAGGAAUAUGACGAUGACUGCCUACCUUGAGGAGUUUCCGGGUCUCGUACAUUUCAUUCACGUGGACCGCUGUGUGGACCAAGUAACCGCACCUACCAUCAACACAAAAUCCACCAAGAUCCGGGACCCUCGCAACCCGAGCCAUGUUAUUAAACAGAAAAUUUGGGAUAUGUGGACGUAUGUGCAGUCUUACUUACAACGCGGUCAUCAUUUUAUAGCUGUCCGCGACGGAGAUUUCCUGUUUACUUAUUGUUUGUGGUUCCAAGACAACAAUGGGAACCCUGUGCAAGUGAAUUGCUCGUUAUCAGUCCGAGUCGGCUCCUCUCCAACAGGAAUUUUGUCGAGCGCUUACUACAAGGACUUAACAAAGCGAUGCUUCCCAUCAACCCCUUCAAGCUCUAUACGCUGUUUUGAACUCAUGUGUGUCCAUGUGGGGUUGGUCCCAGUACAGUUUGCUGUGAAGCAGAUUCGGAGACUUAUAUUAAAACUGUUCCAAAAGUCUUUGGGAUCCAGUUUUGCACUCAGCUUGAUACAAUGAUGUCAGAUAGAAGAGAGAUUUAGGUUGGUGUGGACAGAGCUGAAUAAUGAAAUGCUACGUCAGAGGGCAUGUGGUCAACAACGCGGGCUCAAAAGUCCUAGGUCUAA